AGGAUCUCCAUCUGCUGCUCUCCGGCUCUGCUCAGGUGAGAGAAAGGAGAUGUGAUGCUGGUGAAGAUGAUGAUGAUGAUGAUGGAGAGGGAGGUUCUUCACAGCUCCUGGCCACAGUAGGAGCUUCUCCACUCCAACCCGCCCCCUCCCUCCUCUACACCUAAACUUCCUGUUCGUCUCCUCUGCCCGCCAGGAAGGAUGACUGUGGUGUCCACAGAAAACAUGGACGAGACCUCCACCCUGCCGGGUCACCCGCAGGACCCCUACCCACCCGACGACGACCAUGACAACCACGACUGCUGCGAGCGGGUGGUCAUCAACAUCUCGGGGCUUCGCUUCGAGACCCAGCUGAAGACCCUCUCCCAGUUCCCAGAUACCCUCCUGGGAAACCCCAAGAAGAGGAUGCGCUACUUUGACCCCCUUCGAAACGAGUACUUCUUUGACCGGAAUCGCCCGAGCUUCGACGCCAUCUUGUAUUAUUACCAGUCAGGAGGACGACUGAGGAGGCCAGUCAACGUGCCGCUGGAUAUGUUCUCAGAGGAAAUAAAGUUUUAUGAACUCGGUGCCGAGGCUAUGGAGAAAUUUCGGGAGGAUGAGGGGUUUAUUCGGGAAGAGGAGCGGCCUCUGCCCGAAAAUGAGUUUCAACGGCAGAUCUGGCUCCUCUUCGAGCAUCCGGAGAGCUCGGGGCCAGCACGGGGAAUCGCCAUCGUCUCUGUGAUGGUCAUUCUUAUUUCCAUAGUCAUAUUUUGCUUGGAGACAUUACCAGAGCUGAAGGAGGAUCCCAAUGACCGGAUUCGCAUGGUGGGCAACACCACCGUGUUCUACAAAGCAAACGUCCUCACAGACCCUUUCUUUGUGGUGGAGACGCUCUGCAUCAUCUGGUUUUCCUUUGAGUUGAUAGUUCGAUUCUUUGCCUGCCCCAGCAAGGCAGCGUUCUUCAAAAACAUGAUGAACUCUAUUGAUAUUGUGGCUAUAAUCCCAUACUUCAUCACUCUUGGCACAGAGCUGGCAGAUGACCAAGGCAACAGGGAGGGGAAAGGCGGAGGGGAGCAGGCCACGUCUCUGGCCAUUCUCAGGGUAAUCCGUCUGGUGAGGGUGUUCAGGAUCUUUAAACUGUCCCGACACUCCAAAGGGCUCCAGAUUCUGGGGCAAACUCUAAAGGCGAGCAUGCGGGAGCUGGGCCUGCUCAUUUUCUUCCUCUUCAUCGGUGUGAUUUUGUUUUCCAGCGCCGUCUACUUCGCGGAAGCCGAGGAAAAGGAGUCGUUCUUCACCAGCAUCCCAGAUGCUUUCUGGUGGGCUGUGGUGUCGAUGACAACAGUCGGCUAUGGGGACAUGUACCCCGUGACCAUCGGAGGUAAGAUUGUCGGCUCGCUUUGCGCCAUCGCUGGAGUGUUAACCAUCGCGCUGCCGGUGCCCGUCAUUGUGUCCAACUUCAACUACUUCUACCACCGGGAGACGGAGGGCGAGGAGCAGGCCCAGCUGCUCAAUGUCAGCAACCAGAACCUGGCGUCGGACACCAACUCGAGCCGCCGCAGCUCCUCGGUGGUCAGCAAAUCGGAGUACAUGGAGAUAGACGAGGACUUGAACAACAGCAUCGAUAACUUUAGGGAAGCAAACCUUAGGACUGCCAACUGCACGGCUCCCAGCCAGAACUGCGUGAACAAGGGGAAGCUGCUCACCGACGUGUGAGGCGGCAGGCGACGGCCGCUGUAAAUAUUGUAGAAAUAUCUGGAUGCUUUAUCUCCAU